AAGGGAACAGACGCAGCCCUUAUCUCUCCAGAGCAACUCUUUACUGUGUCUGCGGUGAGCAGAAUUCAGACGCCUGGCCAGACUCGAUCUAGCAGGGGGACGCGGCGAAAAGCGGCCAGGCGGGCUGCGGUGGCCAGAGGGAGAGCAGCGGCGGACGGGCGGUUUAAUCUUACCACCUCCUAUCGUUCGCCCUUUAAAAACCGCUCCCUCACCCCAUAAUCCCGCGUCUUCCUAGCCUACGGUUUGGGGGAGAUAGCGGAUCCAGAAGAUACCGGGCUUGAUGGAAGACACACUUGGAAUAAUGCUUUAUUGCAAUGAAUGGAUCCUGCCACGCAACUACAAGUUGAGGGUUAGGGUUGAAAUUGCGGAGUUAAUCGUAACUGGUUACUUCUGGGACAUCCCUUCCGGGGUUCUCCUCUGAGAUCGACGACCGUUUCUUCUUUGCAAAACAGACCGAUUCCGGAUUUAGGCUUAACUUCAAGGAGACCCACUGAAAUCCAUGGGAAUUGAUCUAGGUGAAAGUGAAAGAUAAAACAUUGAAAUAUCAUCAUACCCAUCUCUGGGACUGAAGAUCUGAAGAUGGAAACAAUUCAUUUCACAAUCAUUUUGGCACUUCUAGUGACUGGAUCCGUCAUCAGCGAUCAUUCUGACAGAUCCCAUUCAAACCUGACAUACUCUAGAAGUGAUUUUGCUGGAAAAGAAUCUAAAGUGCUCCUCCACACCAGUCGCCCCAACAGAAAUUACAGCGUUUGCACCCACAAUCCUAGAAUUGAUGGCACUUUCAAAUACAUCAAUACAGUAAUAUCCUGUGCAGUUUUCAUCAUUGGGCUUGUUGGGAAUGCAACUCUGCUGAGAAUUAUCUACCAGAAUAAAUGUAUGAGGAAUGGCCCCAAUGCACUGAUAGCUAGCCUGGCACUGGGAGACCUCAUCUAUAUUGUCAUAGAUAUCCCUAUCAAUGUAUAUAAGCUUCAUGCUCAGUGGCCCUUUGGGUUGACUCCAUUUGGGCGAUUUCUUUGCAGUUGUGUUCCUUUUAUUCAAAAGGCAUCUGUGGGGAUCACUGUCCUUAAUCUCUGUGCGCUAAGCGUGGACAGGUAUCGAGCAGUUGCUUCUUGGAGUCGUGUCCAAGGAACUGGAGUCCCUUUGAUCACUGCUAUUGAAAUCUUUACCAUUUGGAUUCUUUCCUUUGUCUUGGCUAUUCCAGAAGCCAUUGGCUUUCAUGCUGUCGAGUUUGACUAUUAUGGAAAACACUUCGUCUCCUGUAUGCUUCUGUCUAACACCAGCUUUUUGAAAUUUUACGUUGAUGUAAAGGACUGGUGGCUCUUUGGAUUCUAUUUUUGCAUGCCACUUGCAUGCACAGCCUUCUUUUACACCCUGAUGACCUGUGAAAUGUUGAACAGACGGAAGAGUAAUUUGAGAAUAGCUCUCAGUGAACAUCUUAAGCAGAGACGAGAAGUUGCAAAAACAGUUUUCUGCUUAGUUGUCAUUUUUGCCCUUUGCUGGUUUCCUCUCCAUUUGAGCCGGAUUCUGAAGAAAAUGUUGUAUUAUGAACAUGACCCUAACAGAUGUGAAUUACUCAGCUUUCUGCUGACGUUGGAUUACAUUGGUCUUAAUCUAGCAACCAUAAAUUCCUGCAUAAAUCCUAUAGCACUCUAUUUUGUGAGCAAGAAAUUCAAAAAUUGUUUCCAGUCAUGCCUCUGCUGUAUGUGCUACCAGACAGGAAGUCAAACAUCAUCUGUUCCUAUGAAUGGAACAAGUAUUCAGUGGAAAAACAAUGAACUGAACAAUCACAACACAGAACGGAGCAUCCACAAGGACAGCUUAAACUGAGAUUUGAUGGAAGAUGUACUUCACAAUUUGUGAUGGCUACCUGGUAUUCAAUAAACUUAUUUCAUUUGGAAGCUCUGUGCCCUAGCACUUAAUUCCAGAGAUGAACAAAUGAAACUCUGUGUAUAUUUCCAAGUGGAAAUUCGUCUUUCUUACAAAGAAAUUUGCCGUUUGAUAAGAAAUAAGAACAAUCUACGCAUACACAAUUAUCUGCAGUGUGUUUUCAGUCUCCAGAUGGAAUUUCUCAGUAAGUGUGUGUGUGGCAUCAUUUUUAAAAAUUUCAUAUGUUAAUAUGAAUUAUGAUGGAUUCUGUUAAGAUUGUGAAGAUGUAGGAUCUAUAGCUGUUCUCUCCUGCCAUUCUCUUGACAGGAAAUAUUUUAGUAAGUAUAUUCCACAUUUAAAAGCAUGUUCAACAUGAAGCAUUACAUAUAUGUGUGUGUGUGUGUCUCCAGAUCUCAACAACAUGUUAAUAAACAUCGCAAAUGAGACGUUAACUGGACAAUUAUCCUUUGCUGCACUUUGCAAGCCACUGAUUUGUAGGCAUGGGCCUGAAACAGAUGAUCAAAAGGUACUGCAAUAUAAUAGCUAUGUUCACUCUUGCCAAAACAAAUAUAUUUGUAUGCAUAACAUAAAUGUGAUCCUCUGUUAAAAGACUUUUCAGGA